UCAGGUGACUGUAGGAAACUCCCUCCCGUGGAGACGGACUGUCAUCUGCUGCUGACAGACGGACCAGCCUACAUUCACUGAGCGGCUCAAACCAUCAGCUUCACCCACCGAGGGAGCAGCAGCACUCACUUAUGGAUGGACAGCUUAUUAACCGCUGUUUCUGAUUCAACGUGGCUUUGUUUUUGUGUGUGUGUGUGUUUGCUUUGAAACGCCGUUCGUCCAGAAGGUUUGAGUUCACCCUCGGUUAUGGAUCGACUGGAUGCAUGGAGCUUCAAGUCCAAGAACGUGGACCUGGAGGAGGAUUUCUACUUCGACUACGGAGCGGAGGAAAUAACAGAUUAUCAAGACCCCAGUGAACUUGUGGCUGCUUUGAAACAAAAGGAGGAAGAGGUUAUUUUGGCAGCCCAGCUGGGAAACGCAUUGCUUCUGGAAAACCGUCAGUUGAAAGAGCAGAGCGACAAACUUCAUGAACAAUACGCGGACAAGCUGGAGGAGCUGGAGCAGGGCAGGCAUGAGCUGCGGCUGAAGCUGGAGGGCUGCCAGACCCAGUGGGAGAGCCAGGUGGGGGACCUGGAGAGGGAUGUGAGGGAGCUGAGCGCCCACGUCGAGCAGCUCACCCAGGCCCUCAGCGAGGCUGAGAGGGACAAGAGUCGAGCCCAGCUGGAGCACAGCGAGCACACUCAGCGACUGAGGGAGCAGCUCAACACCGCAAUGGAGGUGGAGAGAGCCAUGUCCAGUGAGCUGCAGGCUCUAAAACAGGAGCUCCAACAAAAAGGAAGCCACAACAGGCUGCAGGAUGAGGAGCUGAUCAGUGCCAUGAGGGAGCAGGUGCUUCGUCUCACCCAGAGGGAGCAGGCGCUGGAGGGGCGUUUGGAGAGUUUGUGCCAAGAAAACACUGAGCUGAGGGCGAGUUUGGCUUCUUUACACACACGACUGGCGCUGCAAGACCAACUCAAACAGCAGCACAGCCAGCAGCUAGCUGAGGCGUGGCAGGAGGUGGAGGCAGCACGGGGUCGUUCACAGCAGCUGCAGGCCCAGGUGGAGGACCUUCAGGAGGAGUUGUCCCUGCAGGAAACCAGGAGCCACAGAGACGCCUCCCUGCUGUCCGAGCUGGAGAGCAGCCUGGAGACAGCGGAGCUGGGACUCAGCAAAGAGGAGAUGAAGCAAGAAAUGGAGUCCAUCCUUCAGUUACUGCUCCCGCUGACCCGUCAGCUGAGCAGUGCAGGGAGGUCAGAGGUCGUGGAUCAACAGGAGGACCUGCAGGCCAUGCUGCACCAGCUGAAGGGAGCAGCUCAAACCCUGGCACAGGCAUCCAGCCCUCAGGAGCUGAAUCGUGCUUUUGUCGACAGGACGGGUGAUCAGUGUGGGAAUCUGAGUGCAGCACAGGAGCUGAGAGAUCAGAACGUCCAACUGCAGCAGGAAAACGCCGAGCUGAAACACAAUCUCCAGAGGGCGCAGGAGCAGGCUGAAGUCGUCCAACAGGCCAUCAGAGACCGGGAUGAAGCCAUAGCCAAGAAAAACCUGAUGGAGGUCGAGUUGGUGAGAAGUAAAAACGACAUGAUGUCCCUGAACAACCAGUUAUUAGAAGCCAUCCAGCGUAAACUUGAGCUGUCGCAGGAACUGGAGGCCUGGCAGGACGACAUCCAGAUCAUCAUCAACCAGCAACUCAGGUCCCAGCAGCAGUCGGAGCUUCCUCCGAAGAAAUCCACGUCCAACGGCUUGUCCUUCUUCCGCAGGCCCAGCAGGACGGCCUCCACCUUUACACGCCAGCCCUCCUCCUCCUCCUCCACGUGGAGUUCAGAUGUUAAUCAGGACAAAAGCCAGUCCCCCUGGAGGGACUGGUUAAGACGUGGGAAUGGUGUGCAGUAUGGCAAAUAAUGGACACUGAGUGCUGCACCUUCCUGAACAUCAUGUAUGGUGAAAAGAAGCCAUAAAGACACUUUUAAUUCAGUGAUGAACAACAGAGUCUCUUUGGACAAGCACUCGUCACAUAGACAUUUGGUUGUACGCAUUUCACCGAGAGGCUGAGCCUUCCUAAAAUAUAAACUGUGACAACCUGAAACACUAACGUUUUCACAGAACUACAUGUUUGCUUGAGACUGUAAAUAUUGUGCCUUAUUUUGUAAUAUUCGUAUUAUUGAGAAUGUGAAUGCGUGUCUGAGACUUUAUAAGGUGUUACAUGAUAGAUGUAGAUCAGUGGAGAGUCUUUGUUCAGAUUAUUUAACGUCACAGAUAAAAGAGGAUUAUGAUCCAAACAUAAACGAUCAAAAUGUUAAUUUGUCAUUGUGCUGAAUUUUGUCUUUACGUACCAAGUUGGAUGAGAGAAGUUGCAUUUUUACUGUCAAUCUUACUCAAAAGCUAAAUAUGUAAAACUGCUGAUUGUAUACGAAAUGCUAUGUUUUCAUGUACACCAAGAAAGCUGUUAUUUUUUAUAACUGCAUUUUUGUUUGUCUUUUGAGUAAAAAAACAAAUAUGUUCUCUGAAUGAUGACUUGGUGUACUUUGUGUGGCGCAUGUCCGUGUAUGUGUUCUGUGACUCAGUGUUCAAUAUUAAAGCUGCUUAGCACAAAC